ACCGCCUCUCCACUAUUAAUAUCUCUCUCGUCCAAACCAUAAAAAACACUGCAAAAACUCAAAAUCCCAUUUCCAAAUGAGAGGAGCAAGAAUCCCAAACAGCCCCUCAUCACCACCAUCACAAGACGGCUGCGUCAGAGACCAGGAGAGGCUCCUUCCGAUCGCGAACGUGAGCCGGAUCAUGAAGAAAACCCUCCCCGCGAACGCCAAGAUCUCCAAGGAAGCCAAGGAAAGCGUGCAGGAAUGCGUGUCGGAGUUCAUCAGCUUCGUGACGGGGGAGGCCUCGGAUAAGUGCCUGAGGGAGAAGCGCAAGACUGUCAACGGCGAUGACCUGCUGUGGGCCAUGACCACUCUUGGAUUCGACGACUAUGUCGUGCCUCUCAAGGAUUACCUCAGCACCUACCGAGAGAGCGAUGGGGAGACGAGGGAGAAGAAUGAGAAGAACGAAAGAGUCUUUCGUUCUUCUUCUGCUUCUGCUUCGUCUCCUUGUGAAGUUGAUUUUGAUGCUGAGAAGAUCGCUUCAAUUUCAAACCCUAGUUUUUUGCAGGGUUUUGGGAGUGGUGGUGGUGUGCUGAUUGAAUUCGGCGGCGGGAGAGGUGUGGCGGAAGGUGGUGGUGUUGAGUGCCUGCGGCGCUAUUCGCAAUAUCAGCAUCCCUUUCCGCCUCAAGAGCGACCAGCGGCCGUUCCAUAUAUGAAAACAAUGUCACCUUCCUCUAUCACAACUCUAUGUCAAACAUAUCGACUACCAAAAUUCCACCAUCAGGCUGGUCGAUGCUUCCAUAAACAACGACGACAUCUGCUCUUUCCCCAUCCAUUCCUCAUAUCUCGAAUUUACUACUAGUCUGUACUACUAUCCGAAUCCCGUUCUAAACUUCCUCUAUCACAGAAACAUUGUUCGGAAGAUGACUAUUGUUGCGUUAUGGUGCAUACAAAUGAUUCCAGAUAAUCGUCCAUCAAUGAAUAAGGUAGUGGAUAUGUUAGAAGGUGAUGUCGAGCAUUUGCAGAUUCCUAAUUAUCCAGCGUAUGUUGCUGGAAAUGAAGAAGGAAGAUGGACUUCUGAUUCAAAUGCUUCCAUAUCAUUGUUGCAUGAUGACAAUGGUAGCAGCAUUAUUAAUAUCAUUAGUGAUGCUUGAAAUAUGUAUUGUCAUCUAACUCGUACCAAUAAGGUACUCAUAUUUGGAUUUGAAAAGGAUGACUAAUAACCUUACACUAUUAUCACACUUAUUGAAUGUAGUAAAUAUAAAAAAAAUGUACUCAAUUCGUCCUAAUUAAAAUGAGCCUUAUUCUUU